AUGGCCAUGAAGCGCAAAUUCGACUUUGAUGCUACUGACGACUGCCCCCAGGUCGCCAAGCAACUGAAAAUGGUUCCCUUCCCGAACUAUGAACCCGACGCUGAUGCUCUUAUGUCUGAAUCUCCUUCACAUGAUGAUGUCCUCUCGUUUUUCCCUGAAAACUAUCAUACUCGCCUUCAUUCUACUGCCAGCUCGUCAAGUGGUUCAUCUCUAUAUUCGGAUGCCAUCGACCAUAACUCUCCUCUGUACCCUCGUCUCGCCCAGGUCGUCGAUUAUCCAGCGGACAACUCUGACAAGGCGGUUGGACUGUUACAACCUGCAAGUUCUUUCACUCACCAUGGCUCGCAUUGCUCACAAAUACCCAAGCUUCGUGUUGCCUGUUCCGCCGGUCCCGAUGGCUCAAGGACAAUGUGGAGCUUUUGUGAACAAUGCGGCGCGAUUUCCAUGGUGGAUUCUGACUGA